AUGGACAAUGACUCCCUUCCUACACUCAUUCAGUAUGCAAUAAAAUCUCUACUGAAGGAUGAAGCUUUAGCCAUUUCUGCUCUGAAGGAAGUGCCCAGUCAUCUAUUCCCAGAGAUGUUCAAGGGAGCCUUCACUGAAAGGUGUACCAAGGUCGUGACUGCAAUGGUGUCUGCCUGGCCCUUCCCUUUGCUUCCUGUAGGAACCCUGAUGGAGGACCGUCACCUGGAGACUUUGAAAGCACUGCUUGAUGGGUUGAAUGUCCUGGUAACAGGGAAGGUUCAUUCCAGGUACAAACUCAGAGUGCUUGAUUUGAGGAGGAAUGUGCACCAUGACUUCUGGAGCAUACAGGCUGGAUCCCAUGAAGAUAACUGUUCACCAGAGAAUGUUGCACAGAAGCAGCCACUGAAGACCUGUUCUAGCCCCCAAAGGAAGAAACAUUUGAAAGUAGUAAUUGAUUGUGUACUCAAGACAGCCUAUUUUGAUGAAUGGACCACAUACUUGUUGCAGUGGGUCCAGGAGAGAAAGUCUUCCAUUCAUCUAUGCUGUAGGAAGCUGCACAGUUGUACCUCAUCAGUCUCUAAUGUCAUAAAGGUCUUUGAAUUGGUGGAUUUAAACUGCAUCCUGGAGCUAAGGCUAAGUCAUUGGUGGCUUGAAUUCCUGGUAGAACUGGUUCCUUACCUAGAGCAGAUGAGUAAUCUUCACACCCUCAUGUUAGAGGGAAUUAAGAAGCCCUUCAGUUUCAUUGUUUCUGAAGACCAGGAAGAGGAGUGGCAAAGCACAUUGCUUUCUCUGCUCUCCAACUUGGACUGUCUCCAGAAUCUCUAUUUGAAUGAUAUCUACCUUCUAGAAGGCUCCCUUGACAAGUGGCUCAGUUGCCUGAAGACUCCUUUGGAGACCUUGUCAAUUACGUACUGCCCUAGGCUCAUACAGUCAGACUUCGAAUACCUGCCCCAUUGUCUGAAUAUUCGUAAGCUCAAACAUCUGAACCUGAAUGGUCUCUUCCUAUCUGAUAUAGGCUAUGAGCUUCCGGGACACAUCCUAGAGAAAGUCACAAGUACCCUGCAAAUUCUGGAACUGGAGCGGUGUGGAAUGACAGACUCUCAUUUCGAACCCCUCUUGCCUGCCCUGAGUCAAUGCUCCCAGCUCCUCAAAGUCAACUUCAAUCAUAAUAAUAUCUCUCUGCCUGUCCUGAAGAACCUUCUUUGUCACACAGCCAAGCUGAGCCAGCUCACAGAGGAGCUGUACCCCGCCCCUCAGGAAUGCUAUGAGGGUCCCACAAUCCUUACAGAGAGAUUUAAGCAACUUUGUCCAGAGCUGCUAGAAAUACUUAGGGCCCAAAGGCAACCCAAGAAAGUCUCCAUUUCUACAAGGAACUGCUGGUGCUGUUUACAUUCCAAUCAAUAUUAUUAUAACCUAGAGACCACAGAUUGGCUUUUUCAGUGCAUUUGUCUCCAUACCCACUCUCAGGAGGUGCUAGAAAAUGUGGAUGGUGGAAUGGGGGCUCAGGAGAAUUACAGUGAAUUCGUAGCCUGCCUCCUUGAGGCUGCUGAAAGGUCUCUUGGCCCAGGCCAGAAUGAAGAUAAAUUGUUAAAUCAGCUUGCUUAUGAGAAUGCUAACUCUGCUUCCAAGGCUGCCCUGAGGGGAAAGUACAAGGGAAAAGACCUUGAUGAGAUGGUCCAGCUUUGCCGUGAAGUAGAUCUCUUUACCCACAAGGUCACUCAGGCUAUUAAUCUCGCUGUUGGUGCAACUGUUAAAGCACCACCCAGCAACCAGUCCUGUUUUCGUUGUGGACAGGCUUAUCUUACAGGAAACUGGUCAGGAAGCUUUGAUGAUUUAAUGCAGAAAUUAAGGAUGGCGAUUGUAACUAUCAACUCCACUCGUGUGGAUAUCUCCAUGGCCGAGGAACUGACUAUGUGGAUUCAUCAAGCAAUGAUUCGUCUUAAAGAGUGGGCAGGAAUAGGAGUGCUAGCUGUUGCCCUAGCCGAUAAGAUCACUUGGAAGAGUGAUUCUCAUGUCUGGAUUGACCAGUGGCCCCUCCCUACAAAAAAGCUUGCUGCGGCCAUGCAGUUAGUGCAGGAACAGCUGUCCGCAGGCCAUAUUGAGCCCUCCACUUCACCUUGGAAUACCCCUAUUUUCGUUAUUCAAAAGAAAAGAGGCAAGUGGCGCCUGCUUCAAGAUCUCAGAAAAAUCAAUAAAACCAUGGUUCCCAUGGGGGCCAUCCAACCAGGGCUCCCUUCCCCUGUUGCCAUUCCUAAAGGAUUUUCAAAAAUUGUUAUUGAUCUUAAAGAUUGUUUCUUUUGCAUUCCAUUGCAUCCAGAAGAUUGCAAGCGUUUUGCCUUUAGCCUUCCCGUUGUUAAUUGCGUCGGGCCCUCUCCUCGUUUUCAGUUGAGGGUCCUUCCUCAGGGCAUGGCCAACAGUCCUACCCUUUGCCAAAAAUAUGUCGCACAAGCUAUGGACCCCAUUCAUCUUGAAUACCCCAAUUUUUACAUCAUUCACUACAUGGAUGACAUUCUUUUGGCUGGGGCAGAUAGUCAUAAACUCUUGCAAGUUACAUGA